CUGAUUCAUUCCGGGUUUGGGUGGCUUUAUUUUCUUCACAGCCGGUGCUGGAUUUACAGGAAAUCUAAUGUGCAGUGGAGUUGCAGAAACUGACGGAGGGUUGGUCAGUAAUGACUUCACCCCUCACAGUUGUGGGUGUGAACUGCCGAGUUACAACGUCUGAUUUGCCAACAAAUUAUUUAGUGUACAACACCAGUCAGCUCCAGCGUUCAGAAAAUAGUUAACUCGCUGCUCAGGCAGUCUCUCUCUCUCGUACGAAGUGAGACUUUUUUUUGCCUUAAGAGUUCAGAGUCGAAAAGUCUGGGGAGAAAUAUUGGAGAGAGAGAGAGACAGAGGAGGGACUUAAUGUACAAUGUCAACACCUAAAAUCAGCCAGACGCCAAUUCCUCCUGGACUGGGGAGAGUUGACAGCACGGCACGGAUCUGAAUCCCAUCUAUUUCUUAAAACGAAGAGGGGAAACUGCACGAGGAACUGCCUCAGUCAUCAGCCUUGGAUUUAGCCCUGAAUAUUGUACAUUUCUGCUGCUGUGCUGUUAGUGUGAGAGAGGGAGGGAGAGCUGGUAGAAGGAGUCUCACUGCAGAUGACGUGGACUAGCACUAUGAGCAGCGGGUACAGCAGUUUGGAAGAGGACUCUGAAGAGUAUUUCUUCACUGCAAGAACUUCCUUCUUCAAGAAGCCUCAAGUUAAACCCAAGCUUGAUCAAGAUGUGGAAAAGGAAAGGGAGCCACAGAAAGUGCUUACAAAAGAAGAGAUCCGACAGAAGAUUGACUCCUAUAACUCAAAUGCAACAGACAAGUUAAAAAUGACUCUGAACCCAGACAACGUGUACACUGGCUUUAUUAAAGUUGAAAUGGACCUGCGCAGGCCAAUCACUGUACGCUCCAUGGUGACGCAAGGAGGCCGCCUGUACAGCAACAACAACAACGAGACUGCCUUCUACAUGCCCAAGGGCACCACCAACACCCUGCACAUCAGCAGCACCCACACUGUGAAGGAGGUCAUCGAGGCUUUGCUGAGGAAGUUCAUGGUUGCUGAUAACCCUGCAAAGUUUGCACUCUUUCACCAGUCCCGCAAGGACGGCCAAGUCCACACAAGCAAGCUGCUGAACAGCGAACAUCCUCUUUACCUCCGUCUGCUGGCGGGACCCGGCGCUGAGGCUUUGAGUUUUGUUCUCCGUGAGCAUGAGACUGGGGAAGUGCUGUGGGAAGAGUUCAGUCUCCCGGAGCUGCAGAACUUCCUGCGGAUAUUGGCCAAGGAGGAAGAAGAUCAGUUCCGGCACUUGAAGAGGCGCUACGGAGAGUACAGAGCCAAACUCGAGGAAGCCCUGAGGGCAACUGGAAAACCGGGUUAACCCAGCCGAGGGCAGUAGCCUGGGAGGCACGCUCAGAACUACCAGGGCAUGCAAGUAUGACCAACAGGAGUGGCCUUCAAAUCUGAAGACAAGAGCUUUGCACAGAAACCUAAAACCAUUGGAUCCAUUGACAGAGAACCAGGCUGCCUCUGCAUUAUGUACCUCCGCUUACACAGAUAACAUGUUUACUGGACAAUCAGAUUAUUUAUGGAUUGGCCGACGGUCUGUGGUCUCCACAAGAAAGGUUGUAACGGUUAGAAGCCCGAGUGUGGCAUUUUGCGUACAAAGCAUUUACAGUGCUGCUUUUAACGUGGGACUGUACAGCGGGCAAAAUCUUUCUCACGUCCCCGGCAGUGGUUUCAACGCCCUGCCCCUGUGAGUGGUGAAGAGGUCCCAGGUGACGGCGUUCAGCCUGAAAACUGUCCAAAGUCCCUUUCAAACCGCUUGCCAAGACGUGGAAUAGAAAUUCUUUUGAAGUUUGAAAUUUUACAUCUGGGUCAUUGGACCAAGAGGGGAGUUGGUAGUUAGUGGGAGAGCGUGGAUUGAAAGAACAGGAACGAUCAAAAAAAAAACAUUUGAGUGAUAAGGGACCAAUGAUGGAGCAUGUCGGAUAUGAGUGAAGGGAUGUCGUGAUGGAGAGGUGGUGCUAUUGAAGUGGAUUGAAGGAUGUUCAGGAUGUGCUAAUGAGGGAGGGAUGGAAAUGGAUUUAUAACAAAAUCAGAUACAGGAACCUGGGAGGGAACCAGAUUGGGUUUGAAGAAAGUAGUGAGAUUUUAGUGACAUGGCUGGUUGAUCUUAGAGUGCUAUAUUCUUGUAUAAGGCUGAACAAAUAUUUGUUUUGGUAAUCCUGGGUGCAUUGGUCACACCUGUAUGGUGCCAACCACACCCACCCUUGGUGCAUGAACUAAUACUGACACUGUCACACAUUUACAACAGCAGUAACAACUCCAGGGCUGUUUGUAGCAUUGCACUUCUGUGACCUGCUCCCAUUGAGAGUUAUGAACGCCCCUCUUCACGGGUACGCUACCAAGUGAGGGGCAGGCAUCUGCCCUAGUCAAAGCUGUGGCUGACGUCUAGUGAAUAACUGAGCAGUUUUGCAUUUACAUAGCGCCUUCCGAACGGCCCCAGGGACUUUGCAGCAGCAUGCUCAGAUCAAACGUUUGUCACUGAGCCAGAGGGGAAGGCGAUAAAAGACAGCUGGCCAAAUUCUUGGUCAAAGAGGCAGGCUUAAGGAAGAGAGCGCAGGUGAGUGUUGGGGAAGGGGAGAGGGAAUUUUUGGGGGCCUAGCUGGCUGAAUUGAAGGGCACAGAGUAAAGGCCGGAAUUAGAGGAACACAGAGUACUGGGAGUAAGGGAGAUUUCAGCGAUAUGUGCAACAUUGGCCAGAUCUGAAAGUAGUUGGCUGAAAAUGAGGAAUUUAGUCAUUUCCAUCUUCCUGUCAUUAUGUGUGUGGAUGUUUUGAAGUACAAAAGCUCCCAGAAUAAUGUGCCAUUUGGCUGACCUCUGGCGUUAUCGUUUGCAGUAGGGCCCUUGGAGAUAAGGCUCAGAGUUGUGGCCAUGACUACAAGGAGGAUAGUGGGACAGUCACACGGUCCUUUAACACUGGGUUACUUUACUGAAAGGCCGAGUUGCUAAUCUGUCACCCAUUGUGUUCCAGCACCGAGUUACACCCGUAUACAGAGGCACCUUGAUUAGCCAGCAUUCGAUUAUCCGAAUAUCGGAUUACCUGGCAAGCUCACAAGGUUCGGCUAAACUAUAUUACCUGGCAUUCGACUAACUGAACAAAAUACUCCCUUCCCAUGUCCUUCGGGCAAUUGAUGUUCAGCAGGGAGUUCUCAAGAACCACGCACAAGAAAAGAGAGCUUAAUUCACAGGCCAUAGGCCUGAAGAGUAUACAUUUAAUGUUGUUUAUCUGAGUGCAGGUGGUAGGGAUAUUGACUGUCAGAUUGAACCUUUUUUUUUCUCUUAUCAUUCUGUUAGCCACAUGAACGACGGAUAAUGGGGUUUUUUGCUCAUCACUGCAGACAGUUCAAUCACCAACCCCAGGAAACCCUUAGGCAGAGAGGUAGUAAACCUGCCUCUGAGCCAGGAGGUCCAGGUUCGGGUCCCCCCUGCUCCAGAGCUGUAUUGAUUAAAAUAAUGAGUUCAAAAUAAUCAAGAAUUUGGUGUUGAAGAGUUUUAAAAUCAGUUAUCCUUCUCUACUUGUAACCCUCAGAUUGCGUCCAUGCUGGACAAAGCAAAAGAAGGUUAUGUCAAUUGAAAGAUACUAAUCCUUUCAACAUCUCCCAGCGAGCGCAUUCCAUUGAAUAAUCGCUCACUCAUUGAAAUAUUACUGCUGUGGGUUUGGGAGUUAAACUCCCUCAGUGUGGCAAAUCUCAUGUCUGUGUUUUGUGAGUGACUUUUACGAUUCUCCUCAGAUUCCCUGACUCUGAACAAGAUGAUGAUCAUCAAUGCACUAAUCCCAGCAGGAAACGUGACCCUCAGCUUUACAAACACAACUAGAGUUUUGCUUUAUACGUGAAUGUUUCUGUGAACUUUUCCCAAUAUUUGCAUUGGGUUCAACUUGAAUGCCAUCUGACGGCCCACAGUGCACUUGGAGUAAUUCUGAUUGGGUGAAGGUUGUUAGAAACAUCAAGAUUUGAGAAAAUGAAAUGUUGGAGGAAGAUACAUAACGUGGGUGUGAACAGUUUGCUUACUAGUUCUUUCACCUUUUCUGUUAUCUGUAAAGCAGCCAUCCUUUAGGUAAGGCUGUGUUGUACUUGUGAGUGACAUUAUGUGAGCUAAGAGCCUCCAGCGAUCUCUCAUCUCCAAUUAAACCAAAGAUCCAGGUGAAAUAUGAAUAAAUUUCUCCCUGUGGGGUAAAUAUUUGUAACUACAGCUCUCUAGUCAGUCAUACAGCGUUCCCAGCCAAGGGGAGGGCAAGUGUGCAAUAUUGGUUGACAGUGUUUUAUGUUGAGAUGACUGAAGGGUGAAUUUACCAGUUCUCAUCGGGGACAGCCUCUCAAAUCUGCUCUGCCAUUCCCUUACAUCAUUGCUGUGUUUGUCUAGCCCUCUUGGGUCUUGAACUUUUCACAGUCUCGCCUCAGCAUCUCCCAACCUGUUUGUGCCUUCAGGUAUACCUGCUGUACUCUGUUUAAGAGGGCUGGAAAUGUGUUGCUGGUUAAAGCACAGCAGGUUAGGCUGUGUGUGUGUGUGUGUGUGUGUGUGUGUGUGUGUGUGUGUGUGUGUGUGUGUGUGUGUGUGUGUGUGUGUGUGUGUGUGUGAGAGAGAGAGACAGGGUUCAAAGAGUGCCUUAAGUAAUCGAGAUACCCUUUAAUUACACAGUUCCCCUCCCCACAACACCCCCACCUUCCAUAAAUCUUCAGAUGGAGUUACAUUGUGCUUACAGAGCACUUCGGGCUAUUAAGUCUACGCUGGAAUUAAACUCCACUCACCUUUCUUUAUUAAUGUGUCCUCCUGUCCCUUUCCCCUUUCUGCUUUAACUGAGCCCUAUGUUAAAUGCAUUUUUGCUACACACCUCAAUGAUACUGAACGACUACACGUUCAUGGUUUUGCCACACUGAUAUACCAGUUUUCUUGAAUCCUUUUAAAUUGUAGAGCUGCACUUUGUGCGUCCCCCGACAUUAUCUCUACAUUUACUCGAUCAAAGACUUUCACAAAUUUAACAGAUUGCUUUUUAGGACGUCCCUUACUGGCACCCAUCCAGUUCAGGAUUUUCUGAUCGUCAAAACCUCUUGGUGCUGGUAUUAGCUGUAGAAUUCAGUGCCUGGAUAUUCCUUUUUCCAGUAUGGAUUCCAAGUCAUGCAAUGAGCUGUCAGGAGUUUUGACUGAAUUUUCCCAGCUGUUGAAGAUCAUGUUCAGACAGUGGAGUGGAAUAGGCCGCAGUGAUUUUAAACUGCUCACCCAGAAAAUGACUCGACAAAAACGUGGCCUCUUGUUGCACUUGGUUGAAGUUUGUAAAUAACAAAUUCAAUGUUUGUUGAAGCAGCAACUAAUGAGUUCUUUCACCCAGGGUUUAGGAGUUAAACUCCCUCGGUGUGGCAAAUAUCAUGUCUGUGUUUUGUGAGUGACUUUUAGGAUUUCACUACAGCUGACUCCGAGAGUAUGUUCCCUGUGCUGGGAUUCUGUUCAAAUCCAAUACAACCAUAAGUACAUCAUUGGCCAUAAUAUGCUUUGGGAGGUCCUGGAGGGAGGGUGAUGUGGCAGGUGCCAUGUAAAUGCAAAUUCUCUCCGUUUGUAUCAAGCUUGUGACAGUGCAUGAUGUAUUUCACCUUUGGGAAUGUUGAUUGGUGAAUGGCGAGAGGGCAUGGCUCAGCUCAGAGUGUGUAUUUUAAUGUGUAAUUACUGUAUGUGUCUUUUUCAGUGAAUUGCAUUGCAUCAUGAGUUAGGGGCAGCAUGAUGGCUCAGUGGUUAGCACUGCUGCCUCACAGCACCAGGGACCCGGGUUCGAUUCCAGCCUCGGGCGACUGUCUGUGUGGAGUUUGCACAUUCUCCCCGUGUCUGCGUGGGUUUCCUUCGGGUGCUCCAGUUUCCUCCCACGGUCCAAAGAUGUGCAGGUUAGGUGAAUUGACCAUGCUAAAUUGCCCAUAGUGUUACGUGCAUUAGUCAGAGGGAAAAUGGGUCUGGGUGGGUUACUCUUCGGAGGGUUGGUGUGGACCGGUUGGGCCGAAGGGCCUGUUUCCACACUGUCGGGAAUUUAAUCUAAUCUGGGGACGUGAGGGAUGACUGAUUGCCCUUAAUUGCAGUGUGUGAGAUUCGACAGAGUGGAAGAAGGAUGAAUUUGGAGACUUGUCCAAAUGGCUGUUCUGCCAUAAUGCAACAGUAGUGUUCCCCGUGACCUUGUGCAAGGGAAAACUGCUAUAGAAAAUCACGCUGUAGAAGAUCGCCAUUAGAGAAUCGCCAUACCCGUUCAGUGGAAAGUUUACGUUAAUCUGAACAACAUCCACAAUUCAUCAAUUGUGUUAUAGCCAAUUGACGCUGACGAAACGUGUGUUACGGCAGACUGACCUGUCAUUGAAUAACUGCUUUGUGCAUCCAUUCAGAAAACCCGAGGUGGGGGCUGAAGGUUUGCCCGCUGGGUUUAUCCUAUUUGGGGCUGGGGUGGGGCGCCUAUAUUGGGCUGGAAGUGGAACCAUAGGGUGUUCAUCAAAUCUUGUACAACUACUGACUCUGGAGGGACCAGGAGGCUGGUGACUAUUGCUCAGUGAGUCUGAGCUUUGCAGUAGCUGAUACCAAAGUCGAAACUAGGGCACUUUAGCACAUCAGGGAUUUAGCUUGCAUAGUCUUGGUAAACCAAAUUGAAACUUGACAUUUUAAUUCAGCGGUCUGCUUUCACUGUUUACCACCACACGGUAUUCUGCAAAAAGAAGAAGAGAAACGUUUAUAUACCAGAGUUCCACUUCUGAGUCGAAAUGAUGUUUGUUUUAAGUUUUGUUGUCAAACUAGACACUGUACAAAAGUCUUAUUUUUUAAACAGGACCUGUAUACUCUUGCUGUGAAUGGAAUGAUUAAUUGAGCAAGACACCAAAGUUGGUUUUGUGUUCUUUUACUGUGAAUGCGUCUUUUUAUCCUUACUUGAACGAGUUGCAAACCACUGUAUUACCAAGAAAUAUUCAGCAACUGCUGGACUUGCCCAGAUGGGAGCUGGGCAAUAAAUUCUGUGUGUGUGCUGUUAAACGGGGCUGGGGUGGGGUUAUUGUGAUAAAUUUGGGAUUUGGCGACCGUAUUUAAUUGUAAAGUUGCUCCUCCCAGUGUGAUCAGACACUGGUCACUGUGCUGCUGGUGCUCGCGAUGAAAUAGCCAGGCCGCACCACAUCAUGAAAAACCGAAUGCAAGUUGUCGACUGCAUUUGUGUUGAAAUCCGUAAGGGUUCAAAAACGAACAUGAACUUUUACUCAUGGAUAUGCAUGUGGAGAAGCACAAACGCUAGACAAUGUAUAGGACUGAAAGUUUUUGUUAUUGUAUUUAUACUGAUGCGAGUGCAGAUUUAUUUUUUUAGGGAGGUUUUUUUUCUGUUUCCUUUUAAGAUAUUGAGUGUCAAACAUGGCCUUUGUAAACUGUCAUUGCAUAUUUUAAUAAAGAUGCGAUUAACACAA